CAAGUCUCUCCCGUCCUCCGGGCCCAAGUCGCUGCGGGAGAUGCCGCAUCCCCUGGCCACGUCCAGCAGCGAGGAGAUGGGGCCGGCGCUCACCCCGAGCCCCGACCUGCUCCUGCCUCGCAGCAUCGCCGACAAGGAUCUCAGUCUACCCAAUGGAACACCUGUGGACACUUCUAGCCCAGCCUCCUCCUCCUCCCUCCUCAAUAGACUGCAGCUGGAUGAUGACUUGGAUGGCGAAACUAGAGACCUCUUUGUUACUGUUGAUGAUCCCAAAAAACACGUGUGCACGAUGGAGACAUAUAUCACUUACAGGGUUACAACGAAGACCACACGAGCAGAGUUUGAUUUGCCAGAGUAUUCUGUCCGACGGCGAUACCAGGACUUUGACUGGUUGAGAAACAAGCUGGAAGAGUCUCAACCAACACAUCUCAUUCCCCCUCUUCCUGAGAAAUUUGUGGUGAAGGGUGUGGUCGAUCGCUUUUCUGAAGAGUUUGUGGAGACAAGGAGGAAAGCAUUAGACAAAUUCUUGAAGAGAAUAACUGAUCACCCAGUGCUUUCUUUCAAUGAGCACUUCAACGUGUUUCUCACAGCCAAGGAUCUUAAUGCCUACAAAAAGCAAGGAAUGGCAUUGCUGUCGAAGAUGGGAGAGUCUGUCAAAUACGUCACAGGAGGCUACAAAUUAAGAAGUCGGCCACUGGAGUUUGCAGCCAUUGGAGAGUAUCUAGACACAUUCUCUCUGAAACUUGGUACCAUUGACAGAAUAGCACAGCGAAUUAUUAAGGAACAGUUGGAAUACUUGGUGGAACUACGAGAAUAUGGACCUGUUUAUUCAACCUGGGGAGGGCUGGAGGUUGAGCUGUCAGAGCCACUGGAAGGGGUGUCUGCCUGUAUUGGGAACUGCUGCACAGCUCUUGAAGAACUCAGUGAAGACAUGACAGAAGACUUCUUGCCUGUGCUUAGGGAAUAUAUAUUGUACUCAGAGUCAAUGAAGAAUGUAUUGAAGAAGAGAGACCAAGUUCAAGCGGAGUAUGAAGCAAAACUGGAAGCAGUAGCCUUGAAAAAAGAAGACCGUCCAAAGGUACCCACAGAUGUUGAGAAAUGCCAAGACCGAGUAGAGUGUUUCAAUGCUGACCUGAAAGCAGACAUGGAGAGAUGGCAAAACAACAAAAGACAAGACUUUAGGCAGCUACUCAUGGGGAUGGCAGAUAAAAACAUCCAGUACUACGAGAAGUGCCUUACGGCGUGGGAGUCAAUUAUACCACUAUUGCAAGACAAGCCAGAGACCAAAUAAGAAGUAACUUCAUGGACAGUCUAGCACUUCUAUGCUCAGUACCACUAGACAUACUGGAACUGUAUGAAGGACUCAUCAGUUUAACUGAAAUGCCAGCUGCAUUUAAGCUGGAACAGACGCUUUGAAAACUUUGAAUUUUUUUCCUCACUUUCUGUGUUUAAACUGGGGUAUGUUUCAUCUUUUUGAGUUAUCUUGAAUGGUUCCUUCUUUAUCCUAUGGAGUGAUUGGGGGUUCUUAGUGAAAGUGCACGGGGAUCUUGAUAAAACUUACCUCUCUAGUCUGGAAGGAACUAAUGAGUGGAAGACUAAAAAGAUGAAAAUAAAACUCUACUUCAAGGUGCCAAAUGACAUCUUUAUUACCAUUCUGUUUUGUUUGUUAAAAAAAAAAAAAUUAUUCCUAUGAUACAGUACUCCCUAACCAAUCCUUAGCUCUUUUUUUUUUUUGGAUGGACAGGGAAAGGCUGCAAAUGAUUGCUAACACCCAUGUGCUCUCUCUGGAUAAAAUGGUUUCUGGAGACUCUUCUGUGUGGGAGUUGGGCUGUUCCUGGACAGAACAUACCAACACCACCUGUGAUGCAAGCAUGAACUGUGGUUUUUGUGAGUGUGGCAUGCUGUUGGUUCAUACUGAGUAUCUUUGUUUACCUUGGUGAUUAUGAAAUAAUGUCAGUUGGCUGAAGUGUACUUGUGACUGCCUUGGGGAUCAGAAUCAGCCUAGCUGUGGGAGUGAGUUGAGCAGUGGCUGUUCAAGGCUUAUGGGAAUGGCGGAAGCAAGUAUGAGUCUUUAGUGUGUUUUUUCUAAAGCUAGCUCUGGAAGUUGCAUGGUAGAAUUCUCUUGGUCCAUGCUUUAAAUGUUGUUAGGGUUUUUUUCCUGAACUAGAGCCACUUUGGGCUUGGUCACUUAAGGUCCCUGCUGUAGUAAAAGUAGAACUCUGCUUUCUCUCCCCUUGUUUCUUUGCAGCAGCCAGAAGCCAAAAAAUGUCACAUACUUGCUUACACCAAGCAUCAGUGUGUCUGAAACUUGCCUUGAACAGGUUGGUGGGGGUAGAUUGGUACCCUAUUAGGUACACAUAGUGUUCAUACCUGUCUCCACUGAACCACAUGGCAAGUCUUUUAAGACUACUUUUGGUGCAGAUCUGUUUACUUAGUAGUUUUUCUUGGUUCUUUAGAAAAGUAACUGCUUCUGCAAGUCCUAUUUUUGUCCUUUGUCUUGUAGUCCAACCUCAAGUAAAUUCCUGCUUGGUGUUAAUGGCCUUAUUGAAUGCUACUGUGAUUCCCAGGGUCCCAGAAUCUUGGUUUAACAGCAUGCAGAUAAAAAAUACUUUUUAACCACCCUAAGUGAGGGGGUUUGAGGCUAAUAUCAGGGUUAAUAUUGGGAUUUGGGGGAAUAAAUAACUGUGCACUUAACUGCUAGGUUUGAGUGAUUAUUUGAUCUCUGGCAACGUUCUUGCAAAGAAUUUGAGCAGUAAUUGAGUAUGUGUAACUUCUGUGUUAUGUGAUGACCUGUCAGGUACCAGUCUGGUUUGGAGUUUAUCCCUUCAUAAACACCAAGUAUACCUGAGGCCCCUCUACUCAGCUUGGUGACUUUAUAGCAACUGUGAAGAUGAGUUAUUGCAGCAAUGUGGUAGCUGUUAGGCUAAUGAGAUGAUGUUCUCUGAGUGCAAAAAUCAAGUUUAAGACUAAUUUUAAGAGGUCUUCCUUUUUUGUCUCAGCCUUCUUUAACAACUCUGUGGUACUAAACAAACUAUGCUUUUUGGUUUAAGAUCACAGUUUGGCAAUAUACACUUACUUGGUGUAAAUAAGAACUCUGCUUGUUGUUAGGUCCAGAAUGACAGGCUACUCUUGUUAUGCAAGGGAAGAGCUUAAGGGGAUCUUAAAGCAGUAACCAAGUGUUCUCCUCAAUCUUUCUCUUUUUAAAAUAAGCGCUUGCAUAGCAUUUAACAGUCUGACUUUCAGGGUUACAGUCUUCCUAUUUCCCACACAGACAUCAACAUGCUUUUUUGAGCUAGCUCUUGUGUGGUAAAUGGAAUUUUGUAGUUGACUCUGCACCAUCACUGCGAGUCAAGCAAAAUGUAUUUUGAACUAAUAUUUAGACAGUCUUCCCUUCACCUUAUCAAAAAAUUAAAAGAUGAAUAGAAAGGAUGCUGUGUUUUCUUUCCUACAGAUGAGUAGGUUUCAUCUUAUGCCUUACAACAGCAAGGUCUUGUUCCCUCUUAGUUUUACGUCAAACUGAAGUGGAUGUUUGGUUCUGAGGAAUUUAGCAAUUCAUACCAUACCUGUUCGUGAGAAGCAUAAUGGACAGUGGGGAAGAGCACAUGAAGUUCAAAUCAACAUAAAAGUGUUGGAGCUGUUGAAGUUCAUAUUAAAUUUUCUUUAAUCUGAUGCUACUGAUUCUGUGGCAUGGUUUUUAAACUAGUCCUUAUCCAAAGGAUGUUUUCAGAUAAAUCCUGUUCUGGCUAAGGUGUUGAAGGGCAGGCAUGCUUUGCACUUCCAGGUUGGAUUAUCUGGCUCUGUGGCACCUGGAAGAUGAUUUGGAGGAGAGUUUGGAACAUGUGCCUUAGACUGUGGCCACUGACAGAAUUUCUUUCAUGAUCUGGAACACCAAAACCUCUUAAGCCCCUGCAAAGGAAGUAAAACAUGACAUUUACAAGAGGAGUCCUUUGCAACAGUUGCUGCAAUGUUAAGAAGGGUUUGUAGUGGUCUCUCAGCUCCUAUGGGCUGUGGAGGAGUCUGUUAAAAGAGCUGUUGUAAAUCAGUAGGUAACUAUGAGAGAGGCUCUAAGGUGUGGGGAGGAUCCUGACUGAGGUUUGUGGUGGCAGUGGCAAACAGGAGAACUACAAAAUAGCAAGAAACUCCUGUAAGAUGUAUAGUGACACUUCUAAAGAGUGUAGUUACUUAUCUGCUGUUAGUGGGAGGUUGAGAUCUGAACUGUUAGUGAAACUCUGACAUGUUACCCUGUAGUCCUCACAGGAUAGGAGUCUCCUUUGGAUGGCCCAAACCUUAAGUGUGAAAAGUGAAAGGUAUCAGUAAAAGGAAACAGGAGUAGUGCAGGAGCUUCAUCUUUGAGUAACUUCCUGAGUGUUCAGUCACUUAAGGUCACCUUCUGUAUGUGCACUAAAAUGUCAAAAGUAGUUGCACCUUUUCUAUGAGCCUGUAACAUGUGGGUCCUUCAACAGUCCUUAAACUAGCCCAGUUUUCCUCAUAAUCCAUAGCCAGACCAAAUUCCCUCUCAGAGGAUGCAUAGUUCACUGCUGUUCUGGUUACUUCUGUGUAAUUUCUGGGAUGUUUGUUUCUUCUCUUAACUGGCACCAGCACAAUAAAGCAAGCACUGAGAUCUUGUUUUCAUACUUGGUAAUGAACUGUGCAUUGUUCAUAUGUAUCCUUACCAGGUUCUGACUCUUGCAAUAAACAUAGAUGUUGAAACAUCAUGGCUUUUUCAGGUAUCCAUUGAAAAAUGAGAAGGUAAUAGUUGUAGUUCCUAAACACACAAGCUCUUCUGAUUUGAGUUGUAUCAAAGAAUAAACUAGUUUCUUCACUGAAGUCUACUUGGAUUUUUGUCACACUGACACUCGUGCUAAGAAUAGAGUAGUGGGAUAAAUGGCGGGAAGAAACAUCUGCAAGGCAUGAGUGGCAGAGAUGGUCCUGUGGAGGUACUGCAAGUUAGCCUUGCAGCAGUGGCUCUGCAUAGCCUGUUCGUGAUGCAUAUUGCUCCAGGUGUCACUCCUGCAGAUGCCCGCAUGUAAAAGAAUUCCCUCCCUGACCACCAGGGACUGUUGAGUGUUUUAACAGGAGCCAUGCUUUUGUUAAAAUUUGCACAAUUUAACUGACUAUGAUUAUGAUUAAUUUUGCAGACUGUUUAAAAUCCUGGUGCUGAUAACAACUGAGCAAAAUUGCAUAGACUAAACUAGCUCAUUAGAUGUUCAGCCUUCUGUAUAUUCUGAAGGUAGAACAGUCUUUCCAUUGGUGUAUUAACUUUUACUACAACCAAUAAAUAGGGAAAUGGGGUCUUUUUUUAAGGUAGGGGAGUUGCUACUACUUGGCAGAUAAUUUUUUUUUUUUGUAAAAU